CGGAAAUGCAUUUCCUCCGGCUUUGCUCAUGAUUUAUGUAAUGCAAAACAACGGGAUCUUCACCCACAUUUUAAACUAAACUUUGUUCCUAGUAGCUUGCUUACACACAUUCGCACGUUAGAAUUCAAAGUUGCCAUCAGCUUGUAUUGCGUGAUUCUUGCCAAUUAAUUAUGAGGCGGUCGAUUAGGCUGACUUGGUUGACAUUGGGUUUGUGGGGGGUUGUGGUUGGAGGGCCUUCGUGGUGUUGGGCGACGUUGCCCAUACCACUCUCUCUUCUGCCUGGAUUUCCACUCCUCCCUCCUCCCAUGAGGCGAGCCUGGCGUGGAAAUCAGGAUGAGCUGAGCUCCUCCUCCUCCUCCAAAAUCUCCCUCCAUAACUAUUUGAGCGAGACGAUGGCGAGAAUUGAGGAUCUCGAGCUUGGAGCCAUGCUUCCUUCUCUUCCCUUCUCAGACAAGGAUGUCAACAACGUUCGCUUCUACCUCUACACGAGUCCCAGCCCAGUGGUCGUGGGCAGCAGUCCGGGUGGGGGUGCUGAGAGCAAUGCCGGAGGAGGUGGUGGGGUGGAUAAGAGCAGUGGGGAUGAAUCUGGGGAGGAGGGGAGAGGAAGCGAGGAGGGAUUACCUGAAGAACUCUUUGUGAAUGACAUCGCCAGUGUCAACGCGUCAUCCUUCCACACUGGCAACCCAGUUAAAGUUCUGAUUCAUGGCUGGAGCAUGAGCAUCGCCUCCAAAGACUUUCCCGGACCGCUCAAAGAUGCGUAUCUAGACUGGUAUGGAAGUCGUCCCGCUAACAUUGUGGUUGUGGACUGGUCCGCGUUAUCUCGUGAAUUUCUGUAUUUCAACUCUGUCCUGUACGCCGAGAAGGUGGGUCGGAGGGUGGGCGAGUUUCUGAUGUUUCUCCGUCUGGCUGGCUUCAUCCCAUCCUUCGCCGAUGUCCACUUGGUCGGAUUCAGUCUGGGAGCACACGUGGCAGCAAUUUCGGGUCACUUUAUCGUCACCUCCACUAACUCGGAGGAACUUGUGGGUCGUAUCAGCGGGCUUGACCCUGCUGGACCAGGCUUCCCAUCCGAAAUGCCGCUCAGUCAUCGUCUCGACUCUAGCGAUGCGGCCUUCGUUGACGUGAUUCAUACAAAUAUGGGUCAGCUCAUCAAAGGCGAGUUUGGGUCCCCUUUAAGCAGCGGAAGCGCAGAUUUUUAUCCGAAUGGCGGCCACAAGCAGCCAGGCUGCGAGUUGAGCCUGUUGCGAGAAUGGGGUGUGCCGCGGAGGAGCGGGUGUCACCACAUGAAAGCCAUCGACUACUUCAUCUCCUCGCUGAAAGCUCCGCAGGCGGGGUGCAAGUGUCGAGACUGGGUCACUUUUUCCAGUGGAGGCUGCAACUGUGCUCUCAAAGAGAAUCGAGCCUGGAUGGGGGAGCAUUGUGAAAUCAGGGCUCGUGGAAAAUACUAUCUUCAUGCACAUUGAACUGACUCCAGCCUAUGAUAUCAUUGACGACUAAUAUUAACUAUUAUAAAUAAAAACUAUUGAAUCAUGAGAAAGCAACGCGAUUAAAGUUUAUCGUUGAUAAAACAAGGAAGAAACUUUUAUUUAGCGACCUAAACCAAAAACGAGACAAGUUGGAGCAAAUCUUAAAUUUCAUAGGCCAACUUACGUCAAAACAAACAUUGAGAUAAAAUAAUAUAUAUUGUCCAGACCUAUCGCCAUCACGCUUUGGCUUCAGUUGCUAAAAGAGAUUACCUAUAUGAAACAAUACAAGUUGCAGUGAGGCAAUGUGAGAUUAUCAAAAUAGUUCUCAAAACGUGAGUUACAAGCAGAUGAUAAUAAUAACAACGUAUAAACGCUAUUGCUGAAAUAAUUACCUAUGUGAAAAUUCUUUGGUCAUCAAAGCAUACGUAUUGUUUGAGCACAUGCGAACAUCAGUCCAGUUGAGUGAGACAGGGAAGUUGAGACUCUCUCAUCCUCAGUCAGUCACAUCGCAUUUCUUGUGAUCAGAGAGCAAAUCUCACCUUGAAACCUGUAACUGGAAUACACUCGCAAGCGUAGUUUUACAUACACCAGGAAAUUAGCAAUGCAACAUGUACACAUAUGUACAGCCUACACUUACUAGUACGCACAGUUCAUUCUAAUUUCUAAUGCACGUUCCCCAUAAUUUGGCAAUGUCAUGAAAUACGUAUGGCUCAUAUAUGGGUCCCUCAGACUGUAGCCUCACCCUCCUCCCACACACCACACCCAUCUACAAGACACCUCCCUUCAUAUGUAUCAACUCUCCAAGUAUAAAAAUAGGCUCUAGAGUUGCAUGUCAUUCUCAAUUCGAAACGGUUUUUGUGCCUUUAUUCUUGCUCAGAAUUGGCCAAACUGGUUAAGUGAUUAAAACUAUCCAGCAAUUCCGCAUACGAUCCACCAGGUAAUUAAUCUCAUAUCAGAUCUUACACAUUACGCUAAUUCCUGACUUUUCAACUCUAAAAAACAGACUGCCUUCAACAAUUGGUAACAAAGAAACACGAGUUUUUUGCACCCCGACUCUAACUGAUGAUGAUGAGCAAGAAGCAGAAUAAGUGUAGG